AUGUCCACCAAUGGUAGCCAAGAGCUGCUCUCGCCGCGAAUUGCCAAAAGCGAUGCCUUCCAGGCCGACUCGAUCACGGCCGCCUCGCCAAAGGCGGAAUCGAGUCGGCUUAUAGCGAAUGGAGAAGACGUUAUCGUGCCGGCAGACGAGCUGGAGGAUGAUCUUGCCGAGUCAGCAUCAGCGUUUGGUGGGCGCGCGUUGCCAUGGUGCGAGCCGUGGCUGUGGUCGGUGGUUAAGGUGCUGCUGCUCGUGCUGCUCUGGUACACCUUCAGCAUGGCGCUCUCCCUGUACAACAAGGUGCUGAUCGGCGAGAAGCACGGGCGCUUCCCUGCACCGCUGAUGAUGACCACCUUCCACUUCCUGCUGCAGGGCGCCAUCGCCUCGCUGCUGCUGCGCUGCUGCUGCCAGUCCUGGCUGCCCGCCACGCCCAUCUCCUGGCGCGACUACUUCCUGCGAGUGGUGCCCACGGCAGUGGCCACAUCGCUUGACAUCGCCCUCUCCAACCUCUCUCUCGCGCUCAUCACCCUCACCUUUUACACCAUGCCUGGAGACGCCAAGCUUCAAGCUGCUGGGCAAUCAUGCUCGUCAUCUCCGUCGGGGUGUCCUUCAUUCACAGGUCUCACCAACCCGCUGCUCACGCUGGCCUAUCUGGCGCCGUGA